ACGACUGUCAAUCAAAACCAACCUCCCGCUCUUUUAACUCUCACCGCUUCAACCCCUAAUCACUUCAUUCAAUUUCAAAACCUCAAAAUCCCAAAUUCAAUUGGUUUCCACAAAUUAUUUAAAAUCUUUGCUGGAUAAAAUGAAGGAAGAAGAAAUUGAGAAGCUGAGGGGAGUAGUUCGGGACUGCGUCAGCAAGCAUUUGUACUCAUCGGCGAUCUUUUUCGCCGAUAAAGUAGCUGCCUUUACCGCCGACCCCGCCGACAUUUAUAUGCAGGCUCAGGCCCUUUACCUCGGUCGCCAUUAUCGACGUGCUUUUCAUCUCCUCAACGCCUCUCAAAUCGUCCUCCGUGACCUCCGCUUCCGAUACCUCGCCGCCAAAUGCCUCGAAGAACUGAAAGAGUGGGACCAGUGCCUCCUGAUGCUUGGCGAUGCCAAAGUUGAUGAGCAUGGAAAUAUUACAGACACAAGAGAUCUCAACAUUAUGUAUUUGGACAAGGAUGGAGAAGAUCGGGAAAUCAAUAUUUUAGCAGCAAUUUGCUUUUUAAGAGGUAAAGCAUAUGAAGCAUUGGAAAAUCGUGCACAGGCUCGCUUGUGGUACAAAGCAGCUAUCAAGGCUGAUCCUCUGUGCUACGAGGCAUUGGAAUGUCUUACAGAAAAUCAUAUGCUCACUUGUGAGGAAGAGACAAGAUUACUGUCAUCACUGAAUUGUGGUUCUGUAGAUGGCUGGCUUUCUUCAUUCUACACAUGUUUGAUGAAGAAGUAUGAUAAGAAAAACGUAAUAGAAACCAAAUUUAGAGAACUAGAACAGGAAGACGCUGAUGCAAACUCCUCAGAGAAAACCUUCUUGUGUACACUGAGAAACAAUACCGACCUUUUGGCCUGUAAAGCUGAGUACUACCAUCAGUGUGGUGAAUACCAGAAGUGCUUCCAGCUUACCUCAGUAUUGCUUGAAAAGGACCCUUUCCACAUGAAGUGUACACAAAUACACUUAGCAGCAGCUAUGGAGCUUGGGCAUUCAAAUGAGCUAUAUCUUAUGGCAUGCAAUUUAGUCAAGGACUAUCCUCAGAAGGCCCUGUCAUGGUUUGCUGUAGGUUGCUACUACUAUUGCAUCAAGAAGUUUGAUCAGUCACGUCGCUAUUUCAGCAAGGCAACAAGUUUAGAUGGGUCUUUUGCCCCUGCUUGGAUAGGUUAUGGGAAUGCUUAUGCUGCUCAAGAAGAAGGAGAUCAAGCAAUGUCUGCUUAUCGCACUGCUGCACGUUUAUUUCCUGGGUGCCAUCUGCCUACUAUGUAUAUUGGGAUGGAAUACAUGCGAACUCACAGUUUCAAACUGGCUGAGCAGUUUUUUAUGCAGGCUAGGGCAAUAUGGCCUUCAGAUCCACUUGUCUACAAUGAACUUGGAGUUGUUGCCUAUAAUAUGAAGGAGUACGACAAGGCUGUGUGGUGGUUUGAGAGGACAUUAGGUCUCAUUGCAUCCACUUUAAGUGAGACAUGGGAACCAACCGUUGUCAAUCUUGCUCAUGCACUAAGAAAACUAAAGAGGUACAAUGAAGCAGUAACAUACUAUGAAAAAGCUCUUGCGUUGUCAACAAGAAGUUUGAGUACGUAUGCUGGUCUUGCAUACACUUACCACCUGCAGAACAACUUUACUGCUGCAAUUGCCUAUUAUCACAAGGCGUUAAGGCUAAAACCAGACGACCAAUUCUGCACAGAAAUGUUGACCCUGGCCCUUGUUGACGAAAGCCACCUUGGUACAAGCAACAAUUCUGAUUUUCACCGCAGCGAGCUGCUCUUUUAGGAAUAGGGAUAUUUUUUUUCUGCUGUAGUUUGUAUGUAGUUGUCAAUCUCAUUGGUAACACCCUAUUUGAGUAGGUCAACACUCAAGUAAUUCUGUGUUGUUGUACCGAAUUAGAUGUAGUAUACUUUCUUUUUUUUUUUCCCCCAUUUUUCCCUCUCUAAGCGUUCAACUGUACUUCUAUAAUUUCACUUAAAAAUCUUUCGUAGAAUUUGUUUCUUGCCUAAUCUCAACAGUCUGAAUUCUUU